UUUCUUCAGUCUAGAUAAAGUUCUCGUGCAAAUAAAACGUCGGACGGACUGGCUGAGAAUUGAAGCGCUGGCUGGUGUUGUUGCCAUUUAAAACCAAUUGAAUAAAACAAAAAUCUCAAAACAAUCAAUCGAUCAAGUUUUGCAAUAGUCUUAACAAAAGCAAAAUCGAACAUAAACAAUGGCUUUUCAAUGUCAAAAUUGUAUUUUCCUCGUCUUGGUGUUCACCUGUGUCAUGGCGCAAAUAAUCAGUGCCCAAUCGAAUGAAUGCCCACCAUCUUCCAAAGUCUAUACAUGUUCGCCUCGCUGUUACAAGGAUGGCGAUUGUGCCACCAUGGGUGGUAAGUGUUGUCCCGACACCUGCAAUCAGAAGUCUUGCGUUCCACGUCAUAUGCUAAAUAAGUAUGGCGAUGCGGGCAAUACUCGUCCUGAUAAAUAUGGUCCCAACAAGGGCACGGUCUACUGCGGCAAUGUAAAAUGUACAGCUUUUGAAAGAUGUGAAGUGGAUCGCACUACCAAGAGGGAGAGAUGCGUUCGGGCAUAAAGCAGAAUAUGUCAUCAAAACAUUUUUAAGACAUUCCACUUGUAAAGCUGAUAAGAAAUCAAUCAUUCAUCGGAAACCACAAAAUACUGUAUUUUUAUCACAGACAUUUUUAUCAAUCUUGAAGUUGUUCAAAAAGAAAAUGCAAAGAAUGACUCAACGUUGUAAUAUUUUCUCUUAAAACACUUCAAUCAUUACAAAUACAUAAAAUAAAUAAAGCAAUAUCAAACUAUUAAAAA